AUGCUUUCCAGUUCCCGUUCCCUAGUGACUCGUUCAAUCAAAAUCAAUAAAGGAUUGUUAUGCUGUAGAUUUUAUACAGAUGGUUCUCUUGGUUCCCAAAGACCUAUUGGUUCUGGUGACAGUUUCACGAAGAGAGAAAAAGUCAAUGAAGAUUACUAUGUGAAACAACACGAAAAAGAAUUAUUAAAGACAUUAAAAAAACAAUUGAAAGAACAGAGAGACAAGUUGGACCAUAUGGAAGAUACUCUAAACAAAUUACAUGAAUAA